AUGUUAUUUUUUCUAGCACUUUCCGUGGCCGUCUCAGCAGUUUCUGCCACCUACGGAUCUGGCUCAACUUACAAUCGCCCAUCUUACUCUUCCAAUCCGGUGUACUAUCCUCCUGCCGUUUACGACUCUCACUACUGGGACUACAGCAGUCGCGAACGUCAUCACAAAGAAUGCCCAAAAAUCACCACCUUCGCCGGACAGUUGCCAGGUAUUCCAGCUGAAGCCUUCUACCCACCAGUCAUCAGAUAUGUAAAGUACGGAAGGAAUGUUCAUGCUCUCAUCAGUUGUGACAAAGAUCCUAAGAACGUCAAUUUCCUUUUCGCUCGCCACAACAGCUCUCGUGACGUUCGCCAAACCAACUUGAUUGCAAUGGGAAGCACCGCAGGAGUUGUUGUGAAAUGCGAUCGUGACGAACGCCGAUACGAAGGAAUCGCUAUUGAUCUCUAUGAUGAAGACGAUUAUUCCAAAACAGUUGAUGUCACCCAAGUCACAUGCAUGGGAUUGGAUAAUUCUGCCAUAGGACUUCUUUUAGAAUUGGCAGUUAGAGAAUUCUCUACCGAGAUCUUCGCAUUUAUGAAUUUCGUUGACUUUUUCAAUACUGGCGUCCCUGCAGCCCCUGUUAUCCCACCUGUUAGAAGAAAGAGAGAUGUUUCGGACGUCUCCACAUCAGCUCCAGCCGAGGAAACCGCCAACGACAUCACCGCGGAAGCCACAGAUGCCCCAACAACUGGUGCUGCUGCUAACAACGAAGUAACAGAAACACCAUCAGCUCCUGCUGCUGUCACUGACAAAGAUACUGAAAACUCAACAGCCGCAUCUGAUGAUGUAUCUGAAGCAGCCAAGUCUGAUGUCACUGAUGCUCCAGAUACUACAGAAGCUCCAGCUCCAGGAUCACCAGAGGCAGUCAAACAAGCUGCUGCUAAAUUGGGUGCGAUUCUCGGAAGAAUCUUCCAUAAAUAA